AUGGCGAACUACAAUCCCUUUGCCCGUCGUGAGGCUCAUAAUGUUCAUGCUUUGAAUACCUAUCGAGUUCUCGUACCCCUCACAUGGGCGCUGGUCGUCAUCGUUGGCCUUUACUACUCUCUCAACUCGCCUGAUGAUACCAAGGGUAGCAAGAAGAUUUGGAAGCAGAUCAAGAACCAUCCUACACCGUUCACGCAGAAUAAGACCGUGACUGAGAUCUACUGGGUCCUCCUACUCCUCUCACAGCUCAGCUACGUAUGGCACCUCUUCCACAAGGAGGCUACCAUCGUAGCAUCCGCUGCUAAUGUCGCAACUCACUUUAUUCUGAACAACCUCUUCACCCUGUCCUGGAUCCUACUAUGGACUCGCAACCACUUCUGGGGUGCUGAGGUCAUUCUGAUCGCCCACUUCAUCAACCAGACCGUCGCAUACUGGCGCCACCCUGGCCUCCCAGACUUCGUGCAUCUCCCUGCCAUCGCCGGUCCUUAUGCCUGGACAUUGUUCGCAUUAUUCUGGAACGGGGCUGUCGCCGUCCACAGCCAUAAUUUGCCUGGCCGGAUCGUGGCCAAUAUUUUCAUCUGGGUGAUUCUGAUCCUCGGAUUAUCAAAGAUCACACUGCGCCAGGAUCAUGUUCUCGGAUACUGCCUCAGCUUCCUUAGUUUGUCACUGGCGGUCCAGCAGUUCUCUAUCAAGAUCAUCGCCUUGCAGUGGAUCUUUGCCUUUGUGGUCUUCGCCGUCUUCCUCGUGACCUCGCUGUAUAUCUCGACUACCAAGUACACUGGACGCGACUCGCUCUUCCGCCGUGUUGCGCACCCCGAGAGCUCUGACCGUGAAAGACAGCCUCUGCUCAAUGAGGGAGUGUAA